UGCCAACAGAGGUCGUUGGCAUACCAAACAGAAAAUCCAAUUCUUCUUACGUUUUACUUUAUUCACGUUUUACCGCCACAUGGUCUAUAUUUGCUGAUUAUUUUCCACUCCAUAAAUAGAAAUUCCAUAAAAAAGCGUAAGUUCUAGAGCAUACUUCCCUAAGUUCAUUAUGAAGUACAUCCUGAUAACUGGUGGAGUGAUUAGCGGAGUUGGCAAGGGAGUUAUCUCAAGUUCUUUUGGAGCAAUCUUGAAAUGCUGCGGAAUCGAGGUAACAUCGAUAAAAAUUGACCCCUACAUUAAUUUGGACGCAGGGACAUUUUCACCAUACGAACAUGGUGAAGUAUAUGUCUUGGAUGAUGGUGGUGAAGUAGAUCUAGAUCUAGGAAAUUAUGAAAGGUUCCUAAAUAUAACCCUACAUAAACAAAAUAACAUCACCACAGGAAAAAUCUAUCAAACAGUUAUUGAUAGAGAAAGACAUGGUGAUUACCUAGGUAAAACAGUACAAGGUAAACUAUCACCAAAAUCUUUCAGUAGAAAUAUAAAAAUGUAAAAUUCCACUUCUUUUUUUUUCAGUUGUACCUCAUAUAACAGAUGCAAUACAAGAAUGGGUUGAAAGAGUAGCUCAAAAACCAGUAUCAGUAUCUGGUAAAAAGCCUGAAGUAUGCAUUAUUGAACUAGGUGGUAUUGUGGGUGAUAUCGAAAGUAUGGCUUUUGUUGAAGCCUUUAGACAGUUUCAGUUCAGGGUAAAAAGGGAGAACUUCUGUGUAGCACAUGUAUCACUUGUUCCUCAGCCAAAAACCACGGGUGAGCACAAAACAAAACCAACACAGCAGUCAGUGAGAGAACUCAGAGGUUUAGGCCUGUCUCCAGAUAUAAUAGUUUGCAGAUCAGAAAGCCCUGUAGGUGAUAGUGUUAAGGAGAAAAUUUCAAAUUUCUGCCAUGUUGCUCCACAGCAGAUCAUCAGCAUACCCGACCUGCACUCCGUCUAUGAAGUACCGGUGUUCAUGGAGAACCACGGCAUGGCAGAGUACCUGAGCAAUAGACUGCAGCUCAACAUCACUCCGCUGCCACCUAUGCGCAAAUACAUGAAGUCGUGGAUCGAACUCGGAGAGCGCAUGAAACAUCUGAAGUACGAAGUGACGGUGGGCAUUGUAGGGAAGUAUACAAGAUUGGAGGAUUCGUACACGUCGAUAAAAAAGGCGUUGAAUCAUGCUGGGAAUGAAAUUGGGUGCAGGGUGAACAUCAAGUUUAUAGAGGCGUCGAAUUUGGAGGCGACCAUGCUGUUGGAUGAUCCGGUGGCAUAUCAUAGCGCGUGGCAUAACUUGUGCGUUUGCGAUUGCGUCGUUGUACCUGGAGGUUUCGGCAAGCGGGGCGUAGAAGGCAAGAUAGAGGCGUGCAAGUGGUGCAGAGUGAACGCUAAGCCCUUCCUGGGCAUUUGCCUGGGAUUCCAAACAGCUGUGAUAGAAUUCGCUAGGAACGUACUCAAAAUGGAGGGCGCCAAUUCCACUGAGGUCAAUGAGGAUACGAAAUAUCCUGUUGUGAUAGACAUGCCGGAGCACAAUACCGGUGAAAUGGGAGGGACGAUGCGGUUAGGGAAGAGGAGUACUAUAUUCAAACCGUCCGUUGUGCCUAGUAAAAUAAAUCGCUUAUACGGCAGCAAGGAAAAGAUCGACGAACGACACCGGCACCGAUACGAAGUCAACCCCGAAUAUAUCGAGGAAUUCGAAAAAUACGGCAUGAAGUUUGUCGGCGUGGACGUGGAUCAGCAGCGGAUGGAGAUCCUGGAGCUAGACAACCACCCGUAUUACGUCGCGGUGCAGUUCCAUCCGGAGUACCUGUCCAGGCCGAUGAGCCCCUCGCCGCCGUUCAUGGGGUUGAUACUCGCCGCCAGGGAUAAGCUCAAGUCGUACCUUCACAAAGGGUGCAAGCUAUCGCCUAGGGAGCCGCAGUCGGAUUACUACGAUUCGGAUGAAGAGCUGCACGAACUGACAACAAAAAAACUAAACGUAGGUAGCAACGACCAUGACGAUAGCAGCAGUGCUUAUAGCAGCUCCAGUGUCUCCUAAGAAAUGUUUCUUUUAAGUGAUAUUUUUCGUUACGUUCCACAAAUGAGAGCGAUAUACUUCAGUGUCAAUGUUUCUUCCUUGUUUCAGUGUUACUUUUACAGUAUUUGACGAAUAAAGAUUUCUUUCAAGUGACUUCUUACUCUGGCUUUGAGAAAUAAAAC